AGGAUCGGCCGGAGAGGAGCGCAGCGCCGCACACCCACACUCCCCGACACCCCUCCGCCGCUCCGGGAGAGAAAACCCCUUUCAGAGAUUUGAGAUACUAUUACUGGACGUGAAACUGAGUCUCACUUGUUUCACAGAGUUGGAGAACAAGGCGGCAAUAUUUUGAAGACUUUUUUUUUUCUUGAAGAAAGUUGCAAGUUUAAAUCUCCGUGAGGAGGGAGAAGUGAAACGGGGUUUGUUUUCUGACUUUUUAUCAUGUGCAUGUGAAUAUAGAGCAGUUUUGAACUGUUUUUUGUAGUUUAUUAUAGUUUAUGCGCCUGCGUGUGUCCGGGGUGACUGAAACCUGCGCUGACCCCCGGCGGUCCCCAUGCCGGCCGGCUCCGUGUAACCAGUCCGUCCGGCUCCGCGGGGAGUUUCGGCGGCUCCGCGACUCCCAGCCUGCUGCGCCCCGGCCGCACAGAGCCAUGGCCGGCCUGAGGGACCUGCACCUGAAGACCCUGGAGGACCUGACACUGGACUCGGGCUACGGGGCUGGAGGGGACUCCUGGAAGUCCCUCAGCCUGUCCUCCUCCAAGUCCACCUCCCAGGCGGCGCUGACGGCGGCCCCGCACCGGGGCAGCUGGUGGUACCACUCCGGCUCCAUGAACAGCCGCAACAACAGCUGGGACACCGUGAACGCGGCGCUGCCCGAGGACCCGGAGGACAUCUUCUCCAAGUGCCACCGCCUGCCCGAGCUGGAGGAGUUCCCGUGGAGCGAGGAGGAGGUGGCGCAGGUCCUGUACAAGGUGUCCCAGCUGGGUUGCGGGGGGAAGUUCUCCCCGGACCCGGGGUUCUCCCCGGAGGCCGUGCGCCGGCUGUCCCUGCUGCUGCGCCGGGCGCUGCUGCGCGUGUCCCGGGAGGCGCAGCGGCUCAGCGUGCUGCACUGCCGCUGCACCCGCUACGAGGUGCAGAGCGCCCUGCGGCUGGUGCUCAGCUGGGCGCUGGCGGACCGCUGCGUGGCCGCCGCGGUCAGGGCCAUCUCCAUGUGCAGCAUGAGCGCCGGCGAGCUGCUGCGCAAGGGCAAGUCCGCCCGCUGCGGGCUCACCUUCUCCGUGGGCCGCUUCUUCCGCUGGAUGGGGGACACGCGCAUCUCCGUGCGCAUCCACGAGUACGCGGCCAUCUGCCUGACGGCCUGCAUGGAGACUCUGGCGGAGGAGGUCGGGGUCCGGGUGCUGAUGGCCGACCCGGGCCCGGCGGGGGCCCCCGUGGGCGCAGACGCCCUGGAGGGGGUUGUGAACAACGAUGCUGAGCUGUGGGGGGUCCUGCAGCACUACGAGCACCUGAUCUGCGGGAAGAACGGCAAUGGUGUUUUAUCGCUCCCAGCCCAUUUCAGUCCCUACACAGAGAACCAGCAGACGUCUGUCGACAGCAGGGAGGAUGCUUACGCCCAGCUGGAGCUGAGGACACUGGAGCAGUCCCUGCUGGCCACCUGCGUGGGCAGCAUCUCCGAGCUCAGUGACUUGGUGUCCCGUGCCAUGCACCACAUGCAGCGCUUGAGUUCAGUGCGUCCGGGGCUGAGCCCGGCCCGUCACCCCCGUCCCCAGCAGCCCGUUUCCUGGUCGCCUGACGCCCUCCACACCCUUUACUACUUCCUGCGCUGCCCACAAAUGGAGUCCAUGGAGAAUCCCAACUUGGAUCCCCCACGCAUGGCUCUCAGCAAAGAGCGGCCAUUUCUGUUGCUGCCGCCUCUGAUGGAGUGGAUGAGAGUUGCCAUAGUUCAUGCCGAGCAUCGCAGGAGUCUGCUGGUGGACAGCGACGAUGUCAGGCAGACGGCCAGGCUUCUCCUUCCAGGACUAGACUGUGAGCCAAGACAGCUGAAGCCCGAAUGUUGCUUCAGCUCUUUCAAGCGCCUGGACUCCAAAGCUGCCACGGAUAAGUUCCACCUCGACUUGGGUUUCCGGAUGCUCAACUGCGGCCGCACAGAUCUCAUCGGCCAAGCCAUCGAUCUGCUCGGGCCAGACGGGGUCAACAGUAUGGACGAUCAGGGUAUGACCCCUCUCAUGUAUGCCUGCGCAGCUGGAGACGAGGCCCUCGUCCAGAUGUUGAUAGAUGCAGGGGCCAACCUCGACGUGGCGGUUCCACCAUGCUCUGCAAAGCACCCCUCUGUGCAUCCUGACAGUCGACACUGGGCGGCCCUCACUUUUGCAGUGCUGCACGGACACAUCUCUGUAGUGCAGCUACUGUUGGAUGCAGGAGCCAAUGUGGAGGGAGCAGCAGUCCGCAAUGGACAGGAGAGCACAGCAGACACGCCACUGCAGCUGGCUUCAGCGGCAGGUAACUAUGAGAUGGUGAGUUUGCUCCUGGCACGUGGCGCCGACCCCUUAUCCAGGGCCCAGGACGGAAACGUCCUCACAUCGUCUCUUCAUGAAGACAUGAACUGCUUCAGUCACGCAGCUGCGCAUGGACACAGGAACGUGCUGAGAAAGCUUCUGACUCAGCCCCAGCAAGUCAAAGAGGAUGUCCUGUCUCUGGAGGAGAUCCUAGCGGAGGGGGUGGAGGAUGAGGGGACAGGAAUCUGUCCUUUCCCACUCUCUCCCCUGCCGACUCCCACUAACGGCACGGCGGGCCUUUCCGAGGCGGGCGUACCGAGGCUCUGCAAGGCCAGGAUGAAGGCUCUGCAGGAGGCCAGCUACUACAGCGCUGAGCACGGCUACCUGGACGUCACCAUGGAGCUCCACGCCAUGGGUGUACCAUGGAAACUGCAUGUGUGGCUGGAAUCUCUUCGUUGUGCGCAGCAGCAGUCGAGGGCAGGGGUCACCCUCUCCCUCCUCAGAGACUUCAACACAAUCCGAGAAGAGGACUACUGUGAGGAGCUGGUUACCACCGGCCUCCCCCUUAUGUUUAGUAUCCUGCGGACCACCAAGAACGAUGCUAUUUUACAGCAGCUGGCAGCUAUUUUCAGUCACUGUUAUGGCUCAGCACCUCUCCCAGCCAUCCCGGAGAUGAAGGCGUCUCUUUCAGCACAGUUAGACCCUCACUUUCUGAAUAAUACGGAGAUGUCAGAUGUGACAUUUCUGGUGGAGGGGAUGCCGUUCUACGGGCACAAAGUCCUUCUAAUCACUGCUUCUGACAGAUUCAAAUCUCUCCUCACAUCCUCUGGACAAGAUGGAAGCCCAAACACAGAAGUUGAGAUCAGUGACAUCAAGUACAAUAUUUUCCAGAUGAUUAUGUCAUAUUUGUAUUGUGGAGGAACUGAGUCCCUGAAAGCGAAUGUGCCCGACUUGCUGGAGCUGUUGUCGGCCGCGAGUCUCUUCCAGCUGGGGGUGCUACAAAGACACUGUGAACUCUUCUGCUCUCAGCACAUAAACCUCGACAACGCAGUCAGCAUCUACAAGACAGCCAAGGCCCACGGUUCAGUGGAGCUGUGCUCAUUCUGUGAAGGUUACUUCUUACGGCAGAUGCCUGCACUCCUUGAGAAAGAGGGCUUCAGGGGUCUCAUGUUGGGACUCUCUGGUGCCCGACAAGGAAACAACUCCACCUCUUCCCUGGCGCACACCCGGACUGACUCACCUCUGGAAGAGCUGGAGGCCACGCUGGCUCAACGUCUCCGCUCGCUCUACGUCUCAUCCCGGGUCUAAAGGUGACGCUGAUCCUGCGGAGAGAAGAUGGGGAUAAAUAGAGGAUCGUGGAAGAUCACAUCGUUUAGAGCUGUCCAAGUGGUCCAAAUGCAGAUGCUGUCUUAGUAACAACUGAUUCUGGCUCUUUAUCAAGAGACUACAAUACUUCCACACUGGGGCACAGCAGUUUAGUUUGUAGACAGUUCAGUGAUUAAUAUUCUGUGCCAAGCACUCAGUCUUAAUGCUUACUGUAGUGAACGGUAAUGUUUAUGACAGAGAAUGCUAGACAUGAGGAUUUUCUUUUUCUUCAAGGCUCAGGAAGCAUAAUAGAAGAAUCAUGUGUAAGCAACAAGCCAAGACUCUGAUUAAUGAGGCGCUGCUGCCCUCUGCUGGACAAAACUGUUAAAGGAACUGAUUUCCUGGGAUGGAGCAGCAUCCUCCUCCAGGGUUUGACUGAAGCUAUGUACAUUCACAACAGACUGAAGGAUCAAUUGAAGGAGAAAACGAUGGCCCAUUCCAGCAAUCAUGGCGAGGGAGGAAGGAGGUUCCUCAGUGCCUCCUGCAGCGAUGCAAAGUGAUUAACAAGUGUAUUUUUUUAUGUUAAUGUAUGUUUUUAUUGUUUAUUUUUUUCACGAGUAUGAUUAGACAGAUACACUGCAGAGUGGGAUGGACAUUUUCUAUUUAAUAAGAAAAAAAAGAUGUGAGAGUAUUUAAUGGGGUGUUCCCUUUUUUUAUUUAGUUUUUAAUCCAAGCUAAUUAUUAAUAUUAUUGUUCCAAAAAAUGCUUCUGUUUGUCCAGGUACAUUAACAGCUUAUCAAGCUUAUAUAACCGGCAGAACAUCCCAACAUGGGGUUUGGGCAAGAAAUGUGUUUAAAUGCUGAAUACUGAAAUAAACCUGGUAAACAAGUGGUUGGUGUUACUCGUUCAGUAGCUAUCUGUUGGUGUGGACUCACCUGGAAUCAGGGAAACAUCACACAGACAGAAAAAAAUGGACCUAUAAAUAGUGUGAUAAGUAAAAAAUAAAAUGCAUUCUUACACAAAAUAGCAGCAAAUGAUAGGAGAAAAAAAGAUGAUUGCUUAAAAUGUUUCUUACCUUUGUAUCGCUCGAGAUAUUACAGCAGAAAACUUUCCUCAGGAGUGUACUUACCCACAGAGUACAUGUACCAGUACCAAAAAAUAAACAA